UUGAAGAAAGGAAGUACACUUUAGACGAUCUGAUCUGAUUAAAAUCAAGGAAUUAAAUGCAACAUCUUCGUCAGCUGGAGUUUUAUUCAGGGAUUGGCGCAUUAUGCCGCCGAGCUUGCCGAUUGGAACGUUGAGAUCGUCAAAGCUUUUGACAUUAACACAGUAGCGAAUGAGAUUUAUAAACACAAUUUCAACCCAAAAAUCGUUGGACAGGUUUGACUUACCCUUUCAACUGUUGGUACAUCAAGUUACGGUUGUAGCUCACGUAUGUCAUAGAAUCUUAUAGAGACUUUAUCAACAAAGUACUAUGACGAUAUUGCAGCUGAUGUUUGGACCAUGUCGCCACCUUGUCAACCUUACACAAGAGUCGGUUUACAGCAGGGCAGUGAGGAUGCUCGUGCAAAAAGUUUUUUGCACUUAUUAAAAGUGCUUACGGAAAUGAAGAAUAAGCCCAAGUACAUUUUACUUGAAAAUGUGAAAGGGUUUGAGGAAUCUGAUUCACACGAUCUGUUACUUGAGACCCUAAAUCAAUGCGGUUACGACUAUCAAGAGUUCCUAUUGACACCACUGCAACUAGGUAUCCCAAAUUCUAGAAUGAGAUAUUAUCUGCUAGCAAAAUUGAAGCCAUUACAAUUUGCACAUCCUGUGACGAAGGAUAUCAUCAAUUACAUUCCUUUAUCAGAAAAUCUGUCAAAAGAAUUUGUAGAUUCCAGAAAUUUGAAUGAUGAAGAAAAGCUCGCAUGUAAAGCAGCAAGUAGUAUCGAUCCUUUGUCGAAAUUUCUGGAGCAUGAGAUCCAUUUUGAGAAGUACCUUGUGCCUGAUAAAGUUUUGUUGAAAAAUAGCCAUGUUUUCGAUAUUGUCAAACCUGACGGGUAUCGCAGCUGUUGUUUCACAAAAGGUUAUUAUCAUUAUGCUCAAGGGACUGGAUCUAUCUUGCAGAUGAAUAUGGAUGUCAAUACGGAAGAGACAUUUAGUAGGGCAAACGAAUAUAAAGGAAUCGAUGACGAGAAACAGCUAAGGUUACUACGUGGGCUCAAACUAAGAUAUUUUAGUCCUAGGGAGGUUGCUAACCUUAUGGGAUUUCCUGAAAAGUUUGAGUUUCCUGCUUCUAGUAGUAUUAAACAAAGAUAUCGAACUCUGGGUAAUAGUAUAAAUGUUAAGGUGGUAUCAGAAUUGAUGCGAUAUCUUGUAAAAGAGAAUCAUUCUAGUAUGUAAUAAAGGAUUCUAUUUUAAUCCCUUUUAAAAGUUUCAAAGGUAGCUAUUACUUGCUAAACAGCAGCCUGCAAAAUACCAGGAUCUCGUUACGGACAGAUCAGAGUCUUGGGUCUUUCUCU